CCCAUUUUCAGGAUCCUCUCGACAGUUAACACAUCACUUUGUUGCGGCCUUAACCCCCUCUUGAAACCCAUCGUCUCUCCUUCUUGAAAGCUGUACAGCAAUGGCUUUCAACAUCAACGACUGGGUGGAGAUAUGCAGGAAGGAAGAGGGGUCCUCGUGCGUCUAUUACUCGGCAGCUCUCCUAGCUGCGGUAGGAAGAACCAGAUACUUGGUACGUUACGAGACCCGUUUAAUCCCCGACGGAACACGUUUGCUCACCGAAGUCGUUGGCGCCGAUGAAGUCCGGCCUUGGCCCCCUGAUAGUUCUUACUUCGAUUUCGUGGUUUCUCACAGGAUUGAUGCCUUUGUCGACAAAGCUUGGAGGGUUGGAACCGUCACAAAAAGAGUUGACCCCAACUACUACGUGAAGUUGGAUUGUAAUGGGAACGAAGCGCAUUGUCCUUUCUUUAAAGUUAGGCGACAUCUUGAAUGGCAAAAUGGGACUUGGCUCUCUCCUGCAACUCAGUCUCAAGGCGACAGCUCAGCAGCUCCAGGGGAUAAGCCCGGCAACUAAGCGAACAUGAAGGAAGAAAUUGGGGCUAACUUUGAUUAGUUUAGAUAUUAGUCUGCAGCAGUGAGAUUUGAAACCCCUUCUAUUUCUUUGUUUUUGUUUCAUAUGUUCUUCCUUUGCUUUGUCCGAAACAUGAAAACCU